UUGCAGGAGCGAAAGGGCGCUGUAAACAAAAACAGCUGAUAAGUUUAUUCACAUUCACAAUCCGUUUUUUUUCCAGAAAAAUGUCCCUUUUUCCGGCCUAUUCGGCGGACACAGCCAGUACUUUCCCAGUGCCAGCCAAACCGAGUGACCUUGCGUGGCUUACAAACCAGAGUUUUAUCGCGAUCCCCAGCAGCGCUUCGACGGAGGCGGUUGGAGACGAUACAGCGUCCGACAAGGAGGAAGAUAGACCUCGGGACAGUAGCAGCAGGGGACACAAGCAAAAGCGGAAAAAGAAACACCACAAGAAGGACCGGAAGCGCCACCGGGGAAGUGGCAGCGAUUCUGAAUCUGGAAAGGAAGUGCGCAAACCGGUGGAGAAAGUUUCGGAGGUUGAUUACUAUACGGAUGUGGAGGCGUUGAGGAUCUAUUUGACGGUGGAGACGCUUUACAGGCCGGCUUGUCCCAAGUAUAAGUUGGGGCCGUACAGAUUCCGGCAGGCGGGGAUGCCGCGGUCGAGGGGAAAGGUUCAGCGAUACUUUGGCUACUUCCGGAAGUGGAAGGAGCGGGCGAGCGAGGGGAAGUUGGAUGGGAAAGCGUCGGACCGGGAGGUGGAGCUGGAGAAAGCGGCCAAGAGUGAUUCGUCGGUGGAGAAGUGGAUCGAGUAUUAUCGGUACAAGAGGGAGAAUCCGAUGCACUUGGAUAGCUAUCAGAACCACAAAGCGGAAUUGGCCAUCGUGGAGAGAGCCAUGCAGCGGCAUCCGGAUGACGAUGAGCUGCUGGGGCUGUAUUUGGAGACUAUCGUGAAGGUUCAUCCGACGGAUGAGGUACUUGAGCUGAUCCAGAAGCAGAUCCGGCAGGACAAUACGAAUGUCCAGUUGUGGGAUGCCCUGAUUGCCAACAAGCAGUCGUCGAUGGCCCAGUGCAUAGCCCCGAAUGUGCUGAAGCUUUACGAGAAGAGUAUCCGGGCACUGUUCUUGGCGAAGAGGAACGACGAGGUGAUGUUGAAGUUCUUUAAGAAAUGUGCGAUCUUCUGCAGACAGGCUGGAUUGUGGGAGCAGUUUUUCGCAUUGAUUCAGUUGACUGUGAGCAUGAAUGUGAGUGCGGAUUUUGCCAGUGGGAAGCACCUGUUCAUGUCACCGGAACAGUACGGCCAACUGGUGGAGUAUGAGGAAUUGAUCCUGAAGUCGGGGCUUCCAAUGAACGAGAUCUGGCUAAGGGUGGAGAAGUUGCGGAGUGCGUUCCACUUUUUGCCAUUCCAGGGAACGCAGAUGUGCAGCGAUCCGCAGAGAAUGGUCCUGCAGGAGGACAUCGUGGGAUUCGUUUAUCCUCUGAUCAACAAGGAAUACGCCUUUGAUCUUGUGAUCUUGAUUCUGAAAAUGAUGAAGUAUCCCUUUGAGAGCUGUGCUUUUGAGAGCUGCUCGGUUUUCAAGCCGGAACCGUAUGAGUCGGACCACGUGGAGCAGAUUUUGCCGCUCUUCUUGAACCUGACAAGAGAUAAAAAGGUUGAUCUGGUGGUUCUGAAUAUGAUCAAGGAACUGAGCACGCCUCCGUCCUUCAUCAACACCAAUCUGGCUUUCGAAUCGUACUUGGAUGUGAUGCGAGAAUUUCUAGUGUCAGCUGCGGAACAUUUCUCCGAUGUCAAGAACGUCAUCCUUCUGCUUUUAUACCUGAGGUUGGAAAGGAUCGUUUUAGUACUCGACCGAAAUGCAGGUUCCCUGACCGAUCAACGCAAGAAAGCAACUCGCACUCGGGUCAAGAACCUGCUGAAGAAGAGUCAAUAUCAGAACAAUUUGAACUUCUACAUCGAAUACGGAUUGAUCGAGUACGAAAUGGAAGGUCUUGGAUCAAGCUGCUUAAAAAUCUUCAACACUUCGGUGCAGGUGUUCUGCGGGCAGGACGACUUCCAAGAUGAUAACGAUCUCUUCAGUCUUGUUUUAAAAUUCAUCGAGAUUCUCCUGAAGGAGGAUAGAAAGCCACAGGCAAUCGGGAUCAUGACCAAACUCGCUCUAAACCCCAGAACUAUCAACUUCGAUGUGACGGAAAAUAUCUCGGAUCCAACCAAACUCCUGGCGCUUCAAAAGCUUAACGAUCGAGUCAACCAGUACCUGAGAGAAGACUUUCACGCAGAGCACAUGCCCGUUGAGCAGUACUUCGUCACAAGCCCGCUAACCAACAGCAUACGAGCCUAUCUCUACUAUCUGGCCCUGGUCAAAUCGAAAGCGGAAACGAUCAAGCGGAUCGAUGGGCUGCUCUUCCACUUCAAUGACCUGGGCAAUCCGGCACAUCGCUUCAUUCGGGAGCAAAUCUACGAAGUCUACCUGAAGGUCCUCGAAUUUCGUUUGGACGAAUUCACCAACGACUGCUUCCUCCAGGUCAUCGAUCGAGUGCUCCAUGAGUACCCGGACAACCUGACCGCCAUCCGGAUGUGCAGCUUUUCCGAGUCACUCACGUGGUUCCAAAUGCGGACUAUUCUCGGCAAGCACUUGACCGUCAAAUCGGUCCUCCUGAUGGUCACGGCGGCUCGCAUCCGAAGUCUGUACGCUGCCCUAGAACCCGGCGAGGAAGACAAAACCGACGAUCAGGUCUACAAACGAAGAAUCCUCAACCUUCUCAAGCACUCCCUUCGAAGGGACUCCCCGCUGCGGCAGAACGCCCUCCUCUGGCGAUUGUACAUCCGAGAGCUGUUCGAUCAACCGGCCUCGCUCCAGAAAGGCGACAACGUGCUGGAACAAUGCAAGCGGACACUUUACCUGGCGUUGGAAGCCUGUCCCUGGAACAAAAUGCUCUAUCUGGAUGGGGCGUUCUUCGCACCGCAGGAAUUGUCCCAGCUGUUGGAUCUGCUGAUGGAGAAACAACUGCGAAUUCACGCCAUUCCGGAAGAAUUGGAAAUACUGAGGGACGAAUGAGUGUUUUUUGUGGUUAAUAAAUGUAGUCUAAAGCAGUUAGUAUUUAUAAUUUCCAGUAGUUUGAAACUUACUUGAAAAAAUAAUAUAAUGAUGUAAUUGUUUCUGUUUUAUAAGUAAUACCUUUGACGCAAUGCUCAGUUUUUUUUGGAGAAAAUCAAGUACAGGUAUGUUCCGCUUUUA